AUGGCACCAACUCCUAAUGCUGCUUUCGAGACCCUCAUGAAAGGAGUGACCAGCUGGGAUAUCUCCAAAGGCCCCAUCCCCAGUGAGCUCCUUCUUAUUGGAGAGGCUGCCUUCCCAGUGAUGGUGAAUGACAGAGGCCAGGUUCUCAUCGCUGCCUCCUCCUAUGGCCAAGGCCGCCUCGUGGUCAUGUCCCAUGAAGGCUACCUGUUACAUGCGGGCUUGGCUCCAUUUCUCCUCAAUGCAGUGGGCUGGCUCCGUUCCUCCCCUGGGGCUCCUAUUGGAGUGCACCCCUCCCUGGGUUCACUAGUAAACCUCCUGAAGGGCUCCGGGGUUGAGGCCCAGAUUGAGCCAGAGCCUAGAGAGGCCCUGGGUGUUUACUGCACCAGUGCCUACAGUAAUGGCUUGACCGCGAGGCUGGUCCAGUUUGUGAAACAGGGAGGGGGCUUGCUGAUCGGGGGCCAGGCCUGGUAUUGGGCCAGUCAGCAUGGCCGUGACAAGGUGCUGUCCAGCUUCCCCGGGAACCAGGUGACAAGCAUGGCUGGAGUGUACUUCACUGACAUCCAUGGGGACAGAAGCCACUUCAAGGUCUCCAAGAAGGUGCCCAAGAUCCCGCUGCAUGUCGGGUGUGGGCAGCAGCUUAGGCAGGACCAGCAGCAGCUCCUGGAAGGGAUCUCGGAGUUGGACAUCCAGACAGGGGGAGUCCCCUCCCAGCUGUUGGUGCACGGGGCCCUGGCCUUCCCUCUGGGACUGGAUGCCUCCCUCAACUGCUUCCUUGCAGCUGCCCACUAUGGCCGUGGCCGGGUGGUUGUGGCUGCCCAUGAGGGCAUGCUCUGCGCUCCCAAGAUGGAGCUCUUCCUGCUCAAUGCUGUGCGCUGGCUGGCCAGAGACCAGAAGGGCAAAAUUGGGGUGAACUCAAGUCUAAAAGAUCUGCAUGCCCUACUGUUGAAGCACGGCCUGCAGAGCAGGUUGGAGUCCCAUCUGACCAGUGACUUAUGUGUGUACUGCUGCAAGGCUUACAGUGACAAAGAGGCCAAGGAGCUCCAGGAGUUUGUGGCCGAGGGUGGGGGACUGAUGAUCGGAGGUCAGGCCUGGUGGUGGGCCUCCCAGAACCCAGGCCGCUCUGCCUUGGCUGCUUUCCCUGGCAAUGUCAUCCUCAACUGCUUUGGCCUCAGUAUCCUGCCUCGGACUCUCAGCCCAGGCUGUUUCCCUGUCCCCACUCCUGAGAUGAGGAGCUACCACUUCCGUAAGGCAAUGUCCGAGUUCCGGACUGUGUUGAACCACGGUACUGAGAACCUGGAAAAGAGUCACUUGGCAAAGCUGGGAGUAGAUGGGGCAGCCUUCCUCCAGAUUCCUGCCCAGGGGGUUCCUACUUAUGCCUCCUUACACCGGCUCCUGAGGAAGACGCUGCAACAGGCAGGCCUCCCAGCUGUGAGCAAGGAAAAGCCGGUUGCCCGUGACUCCUGUGAGGCCACCAUGCUCUGUCUGGCCACAGAGUUGGCACACUCUGGGACCGACUGCUCCCAACUGGCUCAGGGCCUCGGCACGCAGACCUGCCCCUCCAGGAUGCAGGCUUCAGCAGACCCCAUCACUGUGGAGAUCAAUGGGACUAACCCAGGCAAUGAGGACUCCUGGGUGAGCACCGGGCUCUACCUCCUGGAAGGACAAAAUGCAGAAAUCUCCCUGCCUGCAGCUACAGCCUCUGCUGGCCUGAAGGUUCAGAUUGGCUGCCACACGGAUGACCUGAGCAAGGCUAAGAAGCUCUCCCGAGCCCCUGUGGUGACUCACCAGUGCUGUAUGGACAGGACCCAACGGUCAGUCUCCUGCCUCUGGGGUGGCCUCCUCUAUGUCAUCGUUCCCAAGGGCAGUCAACUUGGCCCUGUGUCUGUCACCAUCAAGGGGGCUGUGCCUGCCCCUUACUACAAGUUGGAUAAGACAUCCCUGGAGGAGUGGAGGAGCUGUAUCCAGGAGAACCCGGCUCCCUGGGGAGAGCUGGCCACAGACAACAUCAUCCUGACAGUGCCCACUGCAAACCUCCAGGCCCUGGAGGACCCCGCGCCUGCGCUCCACCUCUGGGAUAAGAUGAUGCAGUCUAUAUCCCGGCUGGCGGCCCAGCCUUUCCCUUUCCGCAGACCUGAGAGGAUUGUUGCUGAUGUGCAGAUCUCAGCUGGCUGGAUGCACUCAGGGUACCCCAUCAUGUGCCACCUGGAAUCUGUGAAGGAGCUCAUUGAUGAGACAGUCAUGAGAAGAUCAGGUCUGUGGGGACCCAUCCACGAGCUGGGCCACAACCAGCAAAGACAUGGAUGGGAGUUCCCUCCACACACCACUGAGGCCACCUGCAACCUCUGGUCAGUCUACGUGCAUGAGACAGUCCUGGGGAUCCCCAGGGCUCAGGCCCACCCUGCUCUGAACCCCGCAGAACGAGAGAAGAGAAUCAAGGCAUAUGUGGGAAAGGGAGCUCCGCUGAGUGACUGGAAUGUGUGGACAGCUCUGGAAACAUAUCUACAGCUCCAAGAGGCCUUUGGGUGGGAGCCCUUCACCCAGCUCUUUGCUGAGUACCAGACCUUCUCUGGCCUCCCCAGAGACAACGUGAGCAAGAUGAAUCUGUGGGUGAAGAAGUUCUCUGAAACAGUGCAGAAGAACCUGGUUCCUUUCUUUGAGGCCUGGGGCUGGCCUGUCCAGAGGGAAGUGGCUGAUAGCCUGUCCUCCCUGCCCUGUUGGCAGGAAAACCCCAUGAGCAUAUACAGUGGCACCAGGAGGUAAAGGGCAUGUAGCAGCCAGGAGGGACACGAGGAACUGUCACUUCACCAACUCCAGAACCACCAUGUGGCUGGAAUCUCCCAGUAUCUUAUAGAGUGUCCUGCUUCCCAGCCUGCCUUCCAGAUGGUGGUCUGGGUCCGAAGCCAAAACUGAACCAGCUUCCUCAGGAAUGUACCUGUGUUUUUGGUUUUUCUAUUCUUUGGUUUGUUUUUUUCCUCAUAUUUCCACGCUCAGCAGCAGCCUCACUUAACCAUCAGCUCCAGCAGAGGGUUCCCCCUUGACAUCCUGAGGCAUCUGUUUUCCACCAGUAGUUCUAAAGACCAGGGGUUCCCAUGAGAACCUGAUAUCGUGCCUUCAAACCUGCUGUCCCCAACCAAGGCCCCAAUUCUUUGUGCUUUGAGAAGCUUUCUGAUAGCAAGAGAGACAGGUGAUGGUGUGCUGAGAGCCCUUAGCUACUUGGUUCAAUGCCUUCCUACUGGCUCCUCCUGGAUAAUUGUGGCCAUGUUUAUGCACAGUCACAUUCUGCAAAUGUAGGGGUGGACUUUGCUUUCUUGCAGUCACACAGUGGUCUGUCAAUCCAGUUUAGUGUGGGCAUUCUGAGCACUGAAUCACACAUUGGUGUUGACCCCCCUGAGGUUAGCCUUCCGUUCUUGUCGAAAGACAUUUAGAGAAUAUCAAAGUUGCUCCCAGACAUGGUCUCAGUAAGGAUUAUUGCUGUUAUCUGAACCCAGCCUACACUUAUUUCUCCCACCUCUGGACGGAUUCUCAGGUAUAACUAACCCAAAGAAAAAUGGCGUCCAUUCAAAUAAAUGGUACAGAGCUA